CAUAUUAUUUCCUAAAUCAUGGCAUAUUUAUUUCAGGAUAUUCCCUCUUAACCCCUUAGCUCUCCAGCUCCUGCUUCUGAAACUUUGUUUCAAUUCCAAAUGUUACCCUUUCUCCCUCUAGACGUUCUUUUUCCAUGUCUUUGAAAGACAUGACAAAAGAAAGAGAGAAGGCAAUCAUUGGAAAACAUUUCAGUGACAUUUUAGAUGGAGAAUUCUAAUUCUAAUUCCAACUCGAGCAAACAACAAAAGAAUAGGAAUAGGAUGAUGAUGUUAGAAGGAGGGGUUGUUGGGUUAGGCAUAGUUGCAGCCAUGAGUAUCACAAAGAACAACUCCAUUUCCACUCAUAAUACUGAUAUUGUGUCCUCUGCUAAGGCUGCUGCUAACUUUAGGGGUAUCAAUACCAAAAACAAUUGCCUUUUCUUUGCUUCUACCUUCAGUAAGAUUGGAAGCCAUUUUGUGUCUCCGAGUUCUUACUUUCUCAAUUCCUGCAAUCUCUGCAAUAAGCAUCUUCAUGGGGUCGACAUCUUCAUAGGGGAGAGGGCCUUUUGUAGUGCAGAAUGCCGUGAGACACACAUCAGAAACGAUGAUUACCAAGAGAAGUGCUUGCCUGGUGUGAUGAAGCCACUUGAUUGCUCCACGUCUCCCUGCUCUGGUCCUCCUGUUUCUUUGGCUGGUGUUGCUGUAGCAUGAAACAAUUUCAAGUUUAUAUUAUCAUAUAUAAUAUAUGUAUGAAAUAAAAGUAAAUAAAGAUAGCAACUUGCUUGUGAGGAAGGAUGUGUACCUUAGAGAAUAUGGUGGUGAUGACAAUGAUGAUGAACAUAUGAAGAUGUCCUUUGUUCCUGCAGUUAUAUAUAUGUCUAUAGUAUGAGGGCAAAAUAGAAAAGUAUCCUAGGCAAAAUCUUUUUUGACCUGUAAAUUUUUUAGGAUAUGAAAUAAUACGUGAGCACAUUAUUAGAUUCUGUCUUUUGUGAUAUCAAGUCGGGUAAAUUAGACUCUCUCUACUAAGGUUAUAUGACA